UGAAGACUGACCUUGACUGGAUAGUGUUAAUAACUGUAGGUCAGAGAGUCCUGAGAUUCACAACUUCGUCAAAGGUAGGCACUGGCUUUUUCAGUUUCUGUAACUCACAAACUCUUCAAUUUACAAACUACUUAUCGUUCAUCGUGUUGUUAAUUUGGUAGCAGAAAUAAAGUACGUGGGUGAGCCGAUCAGGUUUCGGUGCGAGAUAUACACAUAAUGUGAAUCCUAACAAUUCAUGUGUAAAUGUUCAUUAUUCCUGUUAAGUCUGUUCAUCCACUAUUAUUGUUAAAUUUUUUUUGUCACAAGUUUUACAAGUAUACUUGUAAGUAAAGUAGAUUUUUAGCCACUUCAAAGUAGCUCAAGGAUCGCCCAUAUACUACCACCAAGUAAUGUACGUAGACCCAUUUACUUUUAAUACAAUAACUCAUCUUCGAACUUGGUUUGAUUAUAUUAGUGCAAGUAAAAUCUAAGGCAUAAUUGUUUGAUAUGCCGUAUACCCUCAAACAGUCCAGUUUAUAUGUAUAUGCCGUUAGUGAAUGGUACACUGUCGCUCCACAGGAAUGAAAGACCAGAUUUUUUAGACACCAUCUGAAGUAUUGAAAGCGAAGCUCUUAUUCUGUUAAAUUUCGAAGCUUCAUACCGAACCGUCAAUAAAACAUUGCUUUCGCAACCGCUUUGAGCACAUCACUGUCUUAGUUAGUAUGAAGUAACAGGAUGACCAGGAUAAGUUCAAAGCUGAAUUUUUAAAUUUGGGCGUCUUUUUUUGUGCCGUUCAGAUUUUUUUAUAGGUCAGAGUAUUCUGGUGGCGUUCUACAUAUGAGUAGCAUCUAAAAUAAUAAAAAUCUGGCUGAAAUAAUAACAUGGAAGCUCUUUCUACUGUACGUAUCCUUACCUUUUUGGUCAGAACGUAAUAAACCAGAAUAUUUUUGCGGAUUGUUGGUUUUAGCCUCCGAAUUGUUAUUUUUCGUUAAUUAAUACGUUAGGUAGUUUAUAUGCUGCUCGAAUUAUCAAACUAACUACUUGACGUCAUUUGGGGGUGCAAUAAGGUCUGUCCUAAUGGCAAGAUAACAAUUAGAUUCGGCCGACCAUUUUUGCUGUCUGUUCCUUUUGUUCUAGGUGUCUUAUGUUCAGAGUUUUCCCUUUACAUUAACUAUUUACUCUGGCAUUUGGGUUUGAUCUACCUUGGUGAGAAGUUUCUUCUUCGACAUGAUAAAAUAUAUAUUCGGUCUCUGCUCUAUGUUAACUGAUAUUUGAUAAAAACCCUUCACAAUUUCAGAUAUUGCGUUCUCCUGCAACAUAUUUUCAGUUCAGUGCUUUGCAACUGAUUAUGAUCAUAUUUUCAUCUUGGUUUCGGUAUUUUUACGUCUUAUUGGUGCAACCUUUUUUCUUAUGUCCAUAUAGAUCAUCAAGGCUACAAUUUUGGUCCGUAUACUAGACGCGAAUUCGACUUAGUCUAUAAAGAUUUUCAGUGUUUUCAGAUGUCCACCGUAACAGAUGACGAAAUCAUAAAGAGAAGACUUUUAAUCGAAGGCGAAAGUGGAAAUGAUGAUCGCAGAAUUACUCUAUUACUGAAAAAUUAUCUUCGAUGGGUAGCUUCUGAUGAUGUUGGUGAAGACGGCUACGAAGCCUAUCAAGCGCUUAUAGCUAGUGUUUACCAGUGUGAAAACGCCAUGGAACAGUCGUCAUUAGUAAUAGCUAUGAACUACGAACAGCAAAAACAGUAUGAGGAUUUAUAUAAGGAGAUUGAAACGGCCAUUGAAAGUGCAAAAAAUCGCAUUCAGCAAUGUAAAGAAGAUCUGAGGUCCGCAAAAACCGUCAGGAAAAAUAGACGAGAGUAUGACAGUCUUGCCAAAGUUCUUUGUGAUCAUCCAGAGAGAGAUGAGACACUUGAGAAGUAUAAAAAAUUAAAAGCUACUUUAGAACGACUGGAGAAUUUAAAUGAGGAGUACGACCGAAAAAUUCAGCUUAGAAAAACUCAAUUCCACUUGUUUUUGGUUGCCCUGAAGGGCUUACAAAAAAUUGUCGAGGGUAGGUCUUAUUUAAAAUAAACUGCCACCUAAUUUAAUUAUCAAUUUUUGUAGAUGAUGAUUCGCUAUCUUCAGUAACAGAUGAUUUGGUGCAUACACAAUCAUCAAAGUCUGUACACGAAGAGAUUUCUAUGAAAAUGGAUACAAAUUGAAGAAUAUAUAUGUAUUUAUAGUAGCCGUAAAAUUUUGCUUUUGUUCAUUGCGAGAAAUUGAUUGACC